AUGCACCGGACCAACCCCUGUGACGGCACUGGUCGCCUUGAAAUGAAGGUUGAAUUUCGAUACGUCCAUCCGGUUUCAGCCUCUGCCAGCGCCUCGACGCCUUUUGCCUUUCCCUCGCCUUGUGCGGGCAAAGUUGAUCCAGAAGCGCUGGGCUGGGCUGGGCUAGACGCCCAAUCAGCACGGCAGGAUUGGCGAUUCUGCAAGUCGACGACUAAUGACACUGAACCCCGUCCAGGACUCCGGACUCCGUGCCAUACAACUCUUACGAGUAGUUACUUGGACCUGGCGGUCAAGGCGCUACGCAAACGCCCUGGCGUCUUACUGGUGCAGAGUCCAGGCACGAGUACUCGUACUGGUCGCACUGCUUGCAGCCUUGUAUGUACCUGCCUCGAUCUAGUGAAUGUCGGUCUUUGUUUUGGGUCAUGGCGUUUCAACCAUGUCCGCUGCUGUAUUGCACAGUCAUUGGCGCAUGCUGCUACGUUAGUGGACGAGACAGGAUGUCUGCCCAACCUGCUUUUGUGCCAUUCCCGAGCCAUGGAGCGAGUGGCAUGCAAGCCGAUGGUUGGGCAUAAAAAAUGGCCUGCACAUCAUCACACGCCGCCCUGCCAAUCUGCCUCAACAGUUCGUACCAAUGUGUCUGGGUGGAGCUCUUGUGUGCGCGCGUAUGUACAUCGUACAUUCUCGCACAUCCGAGACUUGCUGUACAUUGGCUGUACGGCAAACUUGCAAUGGACCUGGCAGCCCUCCCCGUCAAUAAGUGGGAGCCUCGAUCCAGGCAUUCAAGAGAUUCAAAUCAAGCACUACCAGCCAGCAGUGGCGCUGGACGAUUUUGAACAGCAAGACGAUGAGUCGGAACUACGAUAUUCCAUCGGAAUCGGCUACUACGACUUACGGAGUAAUACGAGUACACGCAGCUCAUGUACUUUGUGGGAGGACUGUGUCUUGAUGUGUCCAUCUCGACACCAACAUUGCCACCACUGCGUCAGCCGGCAGAAGGUUGAACACGCAACCAAGGAGUCACAUUUCCAAGCAGACGACAAAGACAGGCGUGACGAUCACGGUGUGUCCUCUUCAUUUCAGGUGCUCAAGGCCGGUUCGUCGGACUCCAGCACCGGAGCCGCAGAGGAUUGCGUCGGCCGUCGCCUACGCUCUGGGGAUGGCCUACAAGCGCUGUGCGUCGGUGGCCUCGAGGGUGCGCGCUGUGAUUUGGCGCCACGGCCCAAAAGGCCAAAAGGCUGGCCCCUAUGA